CACGCGCUUUCGGUCUAGGGCUUUAUCCCACGCGCGUAGCCCUUCUCUCUCCACGUGCUCACCGUUUCUCUCUCUCUUGCCGGAUAAAUAAAAACCGACGAGACAAUCUUUCUCCGCCAUCGGCAACGAAUUUACCGUUUUUAUCCUUCUCGUUCCCGAUACGCCUUCCACCUGUUCGAAUCUUCUUCUUCUUGUCACCACGCCUUCCAUCCAAGUAAACCCAAAUUCUCUCUCCUCUCUCUCUCUCCGGGAGACGAAUUGGAAUUUCGAAUUCGCGGAUUGCCGGCGUUUUCUUCCUCUCCCGUUGUUAUUUCAGCGGUGAUGGCGUAGCCAAUUUUCAUGAUUUGAUGUCUGCGUAUGGCUCUCCAGCUUUUGUCGUCCGCCGGUGAACUUUAUCGAUCGGGGGAAUAGAGCUACAUGUAUUCUUCCGUUGUUUCUUCGCUUCUUGUUUUGCUGUUCCAUGAACUUCGGAGUGGGUUUAGGCGAUUUUGGGACGAAUUGACGUUUAGUGGGGAACUAGACUUAAAUUUUUGAAGCUGAUGGGGAAUGGUGAUGAUGGUGAGGAAAAAUGCGUGUUCCCAUUAACGAGUCUCCAGAUCGGAGACUUGCAGUCCUAUCUUUCUGAUCUUAGCAUUUUCCUAGCCAACGAAAGUAAAAAAGUUUACAUUUUGGUGGACAAUCGGCCAUGGCUGAAUCCUGGCCCUCGAACUGCUCGCUUGUGGCAAUUAAUGGUUACCAAGUCCAGACUGUCUCCUUUUGCAAACACAAAACGUCGGAAGGAGAAAACAACGCAGAAGCAGAAAGAGAUUUCUCACGGCUCUAACGAUAUCAAAUUGAAGAAGCUUCAGAAAUGGUUCUCAUUGAUUGAUGCGACAGCGGCAUUCACGAAGAAGAAAGUGCCUGCAAAGAAACUGCAAAGCACUUUGUUUCUGAAGAAUGAGCUGCACAAGACAUUGUAUGGCUUCAUCGUAUUUGAAGUUGAAUGGACCAACGUGAGGGGAAUUAGUUACUUGAAUGAGUUGCAGACAGGUACAUCUCUUGCUAUAGAAGCUAAGGUCAUGCAAAGGUGGGAGUAUGAAAGCAUAGAUCAAGCCGUGACAAGUAUGUCCGUUUGGUUCUCUGGGACAAAAACCGAAAAGUUUUGCUUGAAGAAAUAUCUUGAUACAGCUAUAGGAGAGGUCUUUUACGAUGCUGAAACAGAAUUCUCGAGAACGACCCAUGUUGAUGAUGGUGAAAACCUUUGCCAUGACAAUCUCUCAGUUGACAAUGGCUGUCCCCACUGCAUCAGAAAUUUCUUCGACGUUUACCCUUGUGCUAGUGCGGAUUAUGAUGAAGGCGAGCCUCACACACCACCUCUAACUGGACCUUGCAAGAGAAGAAGAGUAACCAAGGCUGUCGGCUCCGGGGUUGAAGUUGACGUUUAUAUGGAGGAAACACCUAAAAGAGAUGACAGUGUCUCGGAUCACUGGGAGAACCAUGUAACUGAUGGGGAGAACAUAGGUGAAGCAACUCAGUACAAGGAUGUCUUGGUUCUGGUCAGAUUCAAUGACCGUGACCUCCCUUUCAAAUUGCGCGAGAUUAUAAUGGCUGACAUCCGCUUGCUUACGUUACUUGAAGCUGGACUUCCAUCUUGGGUCUUGUUUCUGCAGUCAUAUCCAGGCUUCUGCCAUCUCUAUCGACCCUGGAUGUGCCCUCUUGCAAGAGCAUUAUACAUUAUGAUCUCCCUCAUCACUGUCGUGAUAGGAUUUUACGAUCUGUACAAGAAUGUCCCUCUUCUGAAGGCUACUGCUUCUCGGCUGUGCGGGCCCCUUUUUGACUGGAUCGAGACAUGGGACAUGGUAUCCCGGAUCCAGUAUUUGGGAACGAUGUUGUUUCUUCACAACUUUCAGAAGGCUGUCAAGUGGACUUUGACAGUAGGACGAGCGCUUCGAUCAUUCUUCUCUUUUCUUGUUAUGCCCUUAGCAAAGCCACUCAUCGACAUUUUGGAACUGCUCCUUCCUCUGUGGAAUUUAAUGGCAGAAACAGUGGAGAGCUUUGUUUCAGUGAUCUGGGUAAUCAUCGGAUCUUCUUGCAGCCUUGUCGGUGACAUGGUAGACCUGCUGCUCUUGCCCAUUUGGUUUACACUCUCGCUAAUUUGGAACGUUACAACUUUCAUUUUGUUGCCGAUAUUCUGGAUCAUAUGGGAAGUGGUAUAUGCACCGAUAAGAGCGUUUCUUGCUUUGGCUAACUUCUCGGCUUGCGUAUUCUCAAGCGUAUACGAGGUAGUCAGGGAUGUGUGGGUGUACACGAGCAGCAUGCUCCAGCUUGCAUCAGAUUCUCAUGCCACCGUAAAGACAUACGAAGUCUCCAUGUUGCGAUCUCUUUGGAAUGACCUCUUCUCUCAUAUUUUCCGGGCCGUAAGGAGUAUAUUAAACGGGUUUGUAGCCUUCUUCGCUGCUUGCAACAGGCACCGGCUUAGCAUAUAUAAUCACUCACAGGACUUCAUCCACAGAGUAUUUGGAUGCGCCCCGAGAUUUCAGCACAUAGAUUCAAGACUCGGAAAUUCCGUGCCAAGCCAUCAACGUACGGCGGAAACGAGGCGGAAAUUGCACGUAGAGUAGACGGCGACCCCGAGGGGAUGAUCUCAUCUUGGAGAGCUUGCUUGCUUGUUGUCCCAUUCAACUGCGGUGGAGGAUUCUGCCCCUUUUGUUCAUAUUCUUUGAUUCUUUGAUUCUUUGAUUCAUCAAGGUUUUGUCAGAUUCUCAUAGUUUCUAUAUUCGUAGGUGUCAUCUUCCUGUUUUUUAUACGGAGGUCCUCCUCCCUUUGUAAACAAGUGAAAGAAAAGGGACUAUGCAGAGAUGGUGUAAUGAUAAUGGUACAGUUAUAACGACGUCGUUUUCAAAGA